AUGCAGUUUGCUCUACCCCCUCGGAGGAGUCCUCAUACUUCUUCCCACACCCGCUCCUCCAAGCUUUCUUUACAACGCAAGAAACAGCUCAAGGCCGCUGCAAUUCUAGGCUUUGCUAUCCUCACCUUCUUCUUCCUUUUAUCACACUUCUCCCAUUCGAGUACAGCGUCGAUAUCUGCCACCUCGGGGGCUUCAAGCAUUGUCAUUGUGACGGUUCUAGAUCGGGCCCGUUUCAGCGAUAACUACAUCCAGAAGAUCAUCAAGAACAGAGAGCAUUAUGCUAGUCGACAUGGCUAUACGAAUUUCUUUGCAACUCUGUCUGAUUACGAAUCCGCGCUGGACAACGCCCCACGGAGCUGGGCAAUAGUCCCAGCGAUGCGCCAUGCAAUGGCAUCGCACCCUCAUUCAGCUUAUUUCUUCCACCUCGAUGCUCAUACCCUGAUCAUGAACCCUAGAAAACCGUUAGAGUCUCAUAUUCUCGACAAGAAUCGCCUUCAAUCGUUGAUGCUUAAGGACGUUCCCGUUGUGCCGCCGGAUAGCAUCAUCAAGACCUUCUCGCACCUGAAGCCAGAGGAUGUCGACCUAAUAAUCAGCAGGGAUAACGAGGACUUGAACCCCGGAAGCUUUGUGCUUCGACAGGGCGACUUUGCGCGAUUCUUCCUUGAUAUGUGGUUUGAUCCUCUGUAUCGGAAGUACAACUUUCAGAAAGCGGAGAUGCACGCUUUGGAUCAUAUAGUGCAAUGGCAUCCGACUGUCCUCGCGAGAAUGGCGCUUGUUCCUCAACGAAGCAUUAAUGCUUACAGCAAAGAUUCCCCUGCUGCUUCGGCCGACGGCACUUACAAGGACGGAGAUUUGAUUAUUCGGUUUUUUGGAUGCGAUUCCGAUCCUAAGCGCAGUUGUGAGCAAGAGAUGGAACCGUACUACAACCUGUGGGCGAAGAAGUUGAAGAGUACAUAA